CCGCCCACCGUCAAGAAGCAGGUGCUCAUUGGACCCCGCGGCAAUUGCUCGUGUGGGAUCCGACACAUCCGACCCGGCUGAUCUCCUCUCCUGUUCUCUCCUGUCUAUUUAUACCUCAUCAAACCCCUUCUACUGACGGAUCAACACCUGCUAUUGCUAAAGCUACACUCAUUGCGACAUGUCCACCACCGAAGGAAAGAAGAAGAGAGUCCUGGUCUCGUACGGCAUUGACAUCGAUGCCGUCGCAGGAUGGCUCGGAUCAUACGGCGGUGAAGACUCACCCUCCGAUAUCUCUCGCGGAAUGUACGCCGGCCAACUCGGCGUCGAACGUCUCCUCAAACUCUUCGCAAAAUACGACAUUAAAGCGACUUGGUUCAUCCCCGGUCACUCCCUCGAAACCUUUCCCGAGCACUGUGCCUUGAUCCGCGAUGCUGGGCACGAGAUCGGAUUACACGGGUACUCCCACGAGAACCCGGGUGAUAUGUCUCCGGAACAACAACGCGACGUUCUCCGCCACUCCUACAAAGUCCUCAAAGAAUUCCUCGGGAAGGCACCGAGGGGCAGUGUUGCGCCCUGGUGGGAAAUCUCCGCCGAGUCAGCCCAGCUCUUGAUGGAAUGGGGCAUCGAAUAUGACCACUCCAUGAUGGAACACGACUGUCUUGCUCACUGGCUCCGCGUCGGGGACUCGUGGACCCCCAUCGACUACUCCAAACCCGCCUCCCACUGGAUGAAACCCCUCGAACGCGGAACCAUGACCGGACUCGUCGAGAUUCCGGCAAACUGGUAUCUUGACGACCUACCACCCAUGAUGUUCAUCAAGAAAGCGCCGAAUUCGGGGGGAUGGGUUGAUCCGCAUGUUAUCGAGCAGAUGUGGAAGGAUCAGUUUGAGUAUUUCUAUCGGGAGUAUGAUGAGUUUAUCUUCCCGAUGACGAUUCAUCCCGAUGUUAGUGGGAGGCCGCAGGUGUUGUUGAUGCACGAGAGGAUCAUUGAGUGGAUUAAUCAGCAUGAGGGUGUGGAGUGGGUCAAGAUGGAGGAGAUGUGUGAUGAUUUCAAGAAGAAGAACGCCGUACCCGAGGGUGCGGUUCUGCCGAGUGCGAAAGCGCCGGAGGAGUAAGCGACGACGUUGAGUGAUGA